AACUAGUAGGAGAGGGGUCGUUCGGCAAGGUGUACAAGGGACGACGAAAGUUCACUGGCCAGAUGACGGCAAUGAAAUUCAUUCUGAAGCACGGGAAAAGCGAGAGGGACAUAAAGAACCUACGGCAGGAGAUCGAGAUUCUCCGGAAGCUGAAGCACGAGAACAUAAUCGAGAUGCUCGACGCCUUCGAGACCCCGCAGGAAUUCUGCGUCGUCACGGAGUUCGCACAGGGCGAGCUGUUCGAAAUACUGCAGAACGACCAGGCGCUACCCGAGGCGCAAGUGCAAGUCAUCGCCAAGCAACUGGUGCGCGCGCUGUACUACCUGCACUCGAACCGCAUCAUCCACAGAGACAUGAAGCCGCAGAACAUCCUGGUGGGCGCGGGGGGCAUCAUCAAGCUCUGCGACUUUGGCUUUGCGCGCGCCAUGUCGUGCAACACCAUGGUGCUCACAUCCAUCAAAGGCACGCCGCUGUACAUGGCACCGGAGCUGGUGCAGGAGCAGCCGUACAACCACACGGUGGACCUGUGGUCGCUGGGCGUCAUCCUGUACGAGCUCUACGUGGGGCAGCCGCCCUUCUACACCAACUCCAUCUACACGCUUAUCAACCACAUCAUCAAGGACCCGGUGAAGUACCCCGACGCCAUGAGCGCGAGCUUCAAGCACUUCCUGCACGGGCUGCUCAACAAGACGCCACAGAACCGCCUCACGUGGCCCGCGCUGCUGGAGCACCCCUUUGUCAAGGAGACCGCGGAGGAGAUUCAAGCAAGGGAGGAGCGAGCACAGAAGGCGAUGGAGAGAGCAUGCAGGGCAGCAUGGCAUGCGCGUGCCAGCACGUUCCUCCCCCACCCGCUCAUGCCGUCCGCCGCCAAGGAGAACGCCAACGCUGCACCAGACGCCAAGGCGGCGCCAGCAGCGGGGGGCACGACGCUCGUGUCGUGUCCGCCAGGCAAGAAGGCGCGCGAGCUGCCUCUGCGCAACAUAGAGGCCCGCGCCACUCCCCAGAACCUCAUGCCCGCCAAGGGCCCCGCCCCGCCUGCUCAGCCCGCCCAGACACCGGCACAGCCGCAGCAGCAGCGGCAGCAGGCGCAGCAGCAGCAGAGGCAGCAGGGGGAGGAGGGGCCACGAGGGGCGAGAGCAGCGCGAGCAGCAGAGGAGAUGCCGCCUCCCGCUCAGCCAGCAGCCACAGGGAGGAGCCGGCUGCUGAGGCGACUGGAGGUGAUUCGCUCGUUCCUCCCAAAGGCUGCCUCUGCAUCCCCUGACGCCAUAGCAGCAGCAGCGAGCGCGCUGCACUCCCUGGCAUCCCUCGUCACCGACCGUCACCCUUCCGACCCUCCUCUGGACGUCCGCUGCCUGCACUACGACGUGCUCCCCGCCGUCCUAUCCCUGCUCGGCACGUGUCUCGCAGACAGAUCCGCCCGCCUGCAGCCUCUGCUGUGCCCCGCGCUGGCCCUGCUCCGCUGCGCCUUCGCCCUCAGAGCGUCCCUCGCGGGCAGCCAGGCGGGGAAAGAGAGGGAGAAGGAGAGGCAGGGCAAGGGGGGAGGGGCGGGAGCGGGCGGGAAGAAGGGCGAGGAGGGGGAGUGGGAUCGGGAGACGGAGGGCGCGUUUUUGGAGAAUGCUCUCUCGUUCAUCAAGAAAUACCCCAAGGUGCAGCAUGCCGCUGUCGCCGUGCUGGAAGGGCCAGCGCAGCAGUCAGGCGAGGCGUGCCACCUCGCCACGGCCUCCCUCACUCUCCUCCUCGCCGCCUCCUCUGCUGCCGUCCGCGCUGCCUGCCUCCCCGGAGCCUCCCCCCCCGCCCCUUCCGCCACCGCGCCCCCGUCCACUGGCUCACAGCGGCAGCAGAAGGCAGGGGGCAGCACUCGGGACAGGAGCACACGCGGCACACAGGGAGCAGCCGCAGGUGAGGGCGGAGGAGGGGGGCGGGGAGGGGCAGCAGCAGGGGCGGGCAGUGUGAGUUACGUGGAUACAGAGAUACUGUCGUGCGCACAGGCAGUGGCUGCCACCGAGCACAUGGCCCGCUGCAUUGCUCUUGCAGGGAAAGGACUUACCCUCGCUGCGCAAGAGCAGGAGAGGAAGGGUGGAAGAGGCGGGACUGCUGCCCGGGGUGCCGGCCGGGCAGCUGAAAAGAUUGACGCAGAGGAGGCGGGGGAGUGGCAGCAGGCGAGUCUGCAAGCUCUGCUGGGGAUCUGGGCAGCUGUGGAAGGAAUGGAGGCAGCCAGCGGGGAGUGGAGCAGUGGAGACAGGAAAGGCUUCCCGUUAGCAGUUAUGCUAGGGGCUGCACCAGGGUGGGAGGGCGUGGAAGGUAUAGGGAAGAAGGGAGGGAAGCUGCGGAGGGCUCUGGGGGAGAAGCUAGAGAAGGGGAGGUUUGUGGGCGAGAGGUUGCUGCGACGAGUCGUUGAGGUGAUUAUAGGGAAUGGAGCCAGUGCGAGUGCGGCUAUAGCUGCAGCACUGGACAUGGUAGGAGGGAACAAUGUGCUGCUGCCAAGGCUGCUGCAGCUGCUUCUGCGCUGCUGCCUCUUCUCCCCGUCCUUCUGCUGCCUCAUGGCCCGUGCACCCAUCCCAAACGCCCCCUUCCCUGGGCACGAUGGGAGCAUUGUGUCAGGAGGGGGUCCCGAUUCCCUGCUUGCGACUAUCUUCUCCCUCCUCCACUCUUCUCCCGCUGCUCCUGAAGACGCCUUGCAAUGCAGCGUCCGGGCAGCGUUGGCUUGUCUGGUAGUGGCGGCUGUAGCGGAGGGGCUGGGGUUGAGGGGCCUGCAGGGCGGUAAGUGGGUGCUGACGUCAGACUCGCAGGUGCAGGAGGUCAGGCUGGCAAUUCUAGGGAGGCUGGCAGGGGAAGGCGGAUUAGGGGAAGGUGCAUCUGCAGGUGAGGGCAGGGAUGGGAGAGAGGGGGCGAGGGGUGGUGCUGCAGCUGCAGGGGGUAGUAGAACGAGAGGAGCAAGGGGCGAAACGCAACAGCAGCAGGGGAUGGGCGUGGGGCCAGGGCGGCCGUCAGCAGCAGCAGCAGCGCUGGCCAUGGCAGUGAUCAUGGAGCUGGAGCUCGCACAGUCAGGGGAGCGCCGAGGGUCCUUCGGAGGCGGGUCGUGGGGAGGCGGUAGAGCCUCAUUCGGCGGCACCCCUGGUAGCAGCAGCCUAGCAGACGCGCCAGACUCUUCAAAUAUCUCCGACCUCGUUCUGAAAUACCUCCCGCCGCUCGCUCUGCUCUCAUCCAAGCUUCGGGUUGCUCACGCUCCGGGGUAUUCCAAGGCGAUGGAGGGGUUCGGGGCGUGUAAUGGCGGGUGGGGGGAACUGUGGGGGGGCGCGGGGAGGGUUGUAGGGCGGUGGCACGGGGUGCGGGACGGGUAUGUGGGCAUGCUCACAGUGUCCCUGCGCCUGGGGGGCCCUCAGGCGGUACAAAAGGCGCUGGCAGAUGGGCUGCUAGUCUCUAUGAUGAGCGUGCUGGGAGGGGGUGUGGGUGCGGGGAAAGGAGGGGGCGGAGGGGGGAGGGGCGGAGCGGGGGAGGUGGUGGAGGGGGAGAGGGCGGCGUGGGCGGCGGGGGAGAGGGGGUGCGCGCCCCCGGACCAUGCGGGGCUGUCACCCACGGGCGUCAUGUGGCUGCUGGCGGGGCUCUACAUGUGCCUCCCUGCCGGUGGUUACCACGACGCCCUCAUCGGCCCCGAUCCCAUCGACAUCCUCCUGAAGCUUCUUGGCACCUUCCACCUGGCGCACCUGCAGGCAUGGGACAACUGCCAGGGGGGGCCCUGGGGGGAGAUGCAACUGGCGCAGGGGGGAGGGGGGGCGGAAGGAACUGAGAGAGGUGGUGGGCGAGGGGGAGGAGGGGCAGACGCCGGGCAGAUGUGGGGGGAAACAGGGUGGGUGAUGGAGGGAAGCUUGGAGGGAGUAGCACAGCCGGUAUCACUGGAUAUGGUGGUGGAGCUAGUGUGUGGGGUGGUGGACGUGCUUCUCUUCCCCUUCCAUGCAGUUGUUGCAGGGGAUGCUAUUGGGGGGGCUAGCAGCGCGGGCGGCACUACUAGUGUUGCACCUGCUGCUUCGGCAGUUAGCGGGGCGGCGGGCGGCAGCAGCGGCAGGUCGGGCGGCAGUGGGGGGGAGAUGGAUGAGCUGUCACGGGUGCUGCUGGCGCUGCAGCCUCAGUACCUGCAGAUGCUACAGGAGUCCUCAGCCAUCCCAGUGUUGCUGGCAUCACUGGCAGUACUACAGGGCCCAGCUCUCAUCGGCCCCAUCAACCUGCUCUCACGCAUCACACACCACUCGCCCGCAGCAGCGGCACUGCUGGUGCGCCACGACGGGCUGGACCCCGGGCUCAUGGGGAAGCUGUUCGGCAUGGAGGAGCCCGAGGAGGGCGAGGGCGAGGGGGCGGAGGGGGGCGAGGGAGAGGAGGGGCAGGGGUACGUGAUGGAGGUGGUCAUGGACGUGCUGCUCAUCGUGUCUCACCUCUCAAGGCUCUCUGAGGACUACUACGAGCCCAUAGCCACGGCAGACAUCUACGGUGCACUGGAGGUGUUCCUGGCGCACCCUGACGCUGGCGUGCGCUCCAAGGCCUGCAACGCCGUGGGCAACAUGUGCCGCCACUCCUCCUACUUCUACCCCAUCAUGGUGGACUCGGGGAUUCUCUCGCGCCUCAUAGAGUGUUGCGCAGACCAUGACCGGAACACACGCAAGUUCGCCUGCUUUGCGAUUGGCAAUGCAGCAUACCACAACAGUUCGUUGUACGCCGCCCUGAGACCAGUCAUCCCGCACCUGGCGGUGCUGCUAGCAGCGGAGAGCGGGCCGCCCAGCAGCAGCGACGACAAGAUCAAGGCCAACGCUGCAGGCGCGCUGGGCAACAUGGUGCGCAACUCGGGCGAGCUCUGCCACGACCUCAUCUCCCAGGGGGCGCUGCAGGCUUUGGUGGACUUGGUCGUGACUGGAACGAGUCAACAACAAACUCCGCGGAGAGAGGGAGGGGAGUCGCAGUCACCGCUGCCCGCCGCCCCUGCGGCCUUCCAGCCUGGCAUCAACAGCAGUGCCGCCCAAAGCGGGCUCAACUUCGCCAGCUCAGGGGCGGGUGUGCUUGACACCUCCACUCCAGACAAGGGAUUCGCGCUAUCCGCGCAGCUCUCACGGUUUUUGGAUCUUGGGGGGCUGCAAGCAGCAGACCAAUCCUCCUCCCCGCCUGUCGCCAUCGUAUCCAUGGGUACCAAUGAUUAUAUCGCGUUUCUUGCAAAGGGGAUCAACAUGGGCCGUCAGAUGGACCCCUCUGAGCUGCUACGACUGGCUGAGAUGCUUCCGCAAUCACAGCGCCUGGUUACCGCUGUGGUUAUGGGGAUCACCGAUGCUGUGCGGGUAAGGACUGGAUUGGGAUGUGGCUGGUGGGUUUGA